ACUACCCACCUUUUUCUCCUUCCAGGCCCACGUUCUCAUUUAAUUUGUAUUUAUUUUCAAAACAACAAAAUCCAGAGGCAAAGCUCCUUCCUCUUCCCCUUCGCAUCAGUUCCUUUGUUUUUUUCGUCUGCAAAGGAAACUCGGGUAUCAGGCAACGAAAGGGGAAGAUCUAGGUUUCUGAGUUGCGACGGCCAGAGGUGGGGAUUCCAAUUUUGGUUCGUCGGUGAGCAAAUUCAAAAUCUCUUUUGUGUGACCUCGCCUAUUGGGGCCUUCUCUACUCGGAUUCUCCAGUUCCCGUUCUGGAUUGCUCCCUGUUGAUGGAUAUAGUCGGCGACGCUAUUCUCCAAGACUGAGUGAAUGACAACCGAGCAACAGCAAAAGGGGAACCAGCUAGAGGGCCAUGCGCUCGAUUUUGACGUCGAAUAGUUCGCAAUUCUGGUUGGAGAGGAACAAAGGACAAAGGAGGCUCGCUAACCAGUCACAACUUCAUCUGUUGUCGGGAUGUUCAGAUCCGGUGCUAUGAACUGUGGGCAUGUCAUUCUGAUGACUCGAUAUUUGCACAUGUUUUCCCCUUUGUUUCUUGAUCGUUUAAGCUUGCAUUAUCGCUUCUUUGGCCUAUUUUACGCUAGGUUGUGUUCCUUUGUCAUAUUUCAGGCCCUAGCACAUAAAGUGAAGCGUAGGCGCAAGUUUCAAGUCAAUCGGAGAUCAUUUGGCAAUUCGGGAGAAGAAACACGAGCAUGACCUGAGGAAUAAUGGAUUUCUACCUCAUAUAAUGGACAAAUUAUCAUGAAAGUUUGUUAUGAAAAGAAAGAGGACGAGACUACGAGCGUCUGGGUUCAAACGGCGACUGAUUUGGAGUCCGGGCGAGGGAGAAACGAAGCUUUGAACAAGAGCGGAGGAAGAAUUACGGGCAGGAGAAUUACGACCGUAAUUUCCCCUCCCAUGCCCGUAUUUUCACUGACGAGAGGAGCUUUGGGUGCGCUGAAACUUAACCAAAACGCGUGUUUUGGGCAAAAUACGGGCAUGGAAGAAUUACGACCGUAAUUCAGCCCGUAAUUCGCCCAGAAUCGGGUUUUUGAGGCCAAUUUCGAGCCAAGGGAGAGGGAGAGCUGGGUUUUGGAUCCCAAACACCCAAGGGACGAACCCUAGAGAGAGAGAGCGACUUGGGAACAUUCUUGGAGCUAUUUUGGAGGAUUUCUUCGCCAUUGGAGCUCGGGAAUCAAGCUUGGAGAUGGAGAUUGAAGAUCUAGAUCAGAUUUCUGCAGUCUCUCUCUUCUCUAUGGAGUAACUUCCCUUCACUUAGGUUUUGAGGAACCCUAGUUCCAUGAGUUAGGAUCUUUCUUGUAUGAAGUUUUGGAUGCUAUAUUGUUUGAUUAUAAUCGAAUGAUGCAUGUUUAUUGAGUCAAUUGAAGUCUGAUCAACUUUUCCUGAUUUCUGCUUCAACCUAAGAUAGAUAGAAUCUGAUUAGGUUGCUAGAGCCUCAUCAUUCGGUAGUAGGAGAUUGGCUAUACGAGAGUUAGCCAGUUUACUGCUUUGUACUGGAAUCCAAUUCCAGUAGUGGAGUUCUGUGCUAAUUGCUUCAGCUUUCUAUCCCGGUGAAGACUAGUCGUCUGCCGGAUAGUUAGACUGAGAGGGCUUGGUCAGCUUAAGAGAUUCCAAGCUACUGUCGGAUCUUCCGCAGUUUAAUCAACAGUAAAACAACCAGAGGUAAUUGCAACUUGGACCUAAUUAAGGAGCUAGGGGGAAUCAUACCUAAGUGAGUUCCCAAACUGUAAUUAGUAGUUUUACUUAGUUUAGUUAGUAGAAUAGUUUAGUUAAUCAAUCCUUAAUCUAAUUUGCUAGAUAAUGAACUGAAGCUGAGUAAUAGUAACUCUAGAGACCCGUGGAUUCGAUAUUUAUUACUUGUGCCACUAUACUGCAGUCCCUUUCAUUGGUUACACUUGGCCAUUGUUAGGUGUUGUGUUUUAGCGCAUCAAGUUUUUGGCGCCUUUGCCGGGGACUUUCUAGAUUAUUAGGAAAGGCAGAAGUUUGUUACUUUAGCGUUUUUCUUUUCUUUUCCACCCUUGCUUUUCACUUGGGUGUUUUUUUUUGUUUUUGUUGGUGCAGAUCUGAAUCAUGGAUCCGCGUGGCUUCUCCAACCAGUGGGGGUAUCCACCACCAUCCGAGUGGUAUUACCCCGAGACUCCCUGGAGCAAUCAUGGAGGAGAAGACUAUGGAUUCGGGUUUCAGUACCAACCCCCUUACUAAGGAGAACAAUCAGACCCCUGGGCAUAUCAAGAACAAUCUCCUUAUCAAGAAGAAUUCCUCCCACAACAAGAAGGGCCAUCAGAUCUUGAGUUAGCCACAGCCUUCACGGGCCACUCUGCAGAGCCAUGCUACACUUCACUGGAAGAUCCGAACAAACAAUUAAGGCUUCUCGUUGAGCAGUUUGCUCGAGACACUGAGAGAUCAUGCUCCAAGAUGGAUCUUCAAAUCAAAGCCCUUGCUGCUUCCGAUCCCUCAUUUCUCCAUGAUAUGGAGGAGACUGUUCAGCGCUCAGCGAAGCAAACAGAGUGGGUGGAGCAAGUUUGCUCACAUCUUGCUCAAGAUCACCUUUCUGCUACCACGCUAGAAGAGGUGGAGGAUGACAAAGGCUAUGGGGAUGUUGAGGAGCAUACAUAAGUUAUCACAGAGAACUCCCAUGAUAAUCAUGAUCAGGAAAGUCCUCUGGUUGCAGAUCACACAAUUCCUUAUUUCUGCUCUAACAUGCUGGGCCCGAGCGAGGAGAUGCAAGAUGAUCUCAUUGAAGAAAUUACAUGGCGACUUGCUCUCCAAUUUGUGCUAGAAGAAGAAGAGCAAGAAAGGGUGCAGAAAGAAGUUGUGGAGGAUGACGAAAGUGAAGCAGGAGGAGUUCUUGAUCAUUUCCCAGGGGUGAUACCACAUGAAGAAGAAAGGGGGGGUUGAAGAAGCAAUUGGCGUCCAGGCUGAGAACGGAGUUAAGGUGGAAGAGGCCUGCACCGGCCAUGAGUUGCAAGUGAUAUCCCCACCAAACUUUGAGGAACUGCUUAGCAAGGACCCAUUUGCAGUGUCUCUUUGCCAGACCAAGGCCACAUCAACAUCGGUCCCUCUUGGUGGACGCGAUGGUGGCCAAUCGAUGCUGUCAUAUCUGGUUUGGGACAAUGAGACGAGAGAAGAGAAGAAGAGGUCUCGAGGGUGGAGACUUCAUCUGCAUCAAGUACAUGAGCCUUUAUCACCUGCCACACUACAUGCUCGUGACUUGAGACUCCACCUCAUCGACGAGAACCUCAACUUCAAGGAGGUUCUAGCAUGGACCGAAACUUAGGAGCCAUCGUCCGGCUCACGACGUGAAAGAAGCGCUUGUUGGGAGGCAACCCAACCAGUCGGUUUGCAUUUCUUUCUCUAUUUCUCCUCGGUUGAGUCAGUUUUGUUAUUUGAUUUUAGAGUCAAUAACUCAACCUUUGUGAGAUUUUGUGUGGUGUUUGGGGUGUGACCACUCUCUCCUCCUGGAAUACACCGCUUGCCUCGUCCACCAUCAUUCACCCUGGAUUUGGUAACUUCGUUCUACCCUCCUUAUCUUUCCUCCAUUGAGGACAAUGUCGUGCUUAAGUGUGGGGGGAUUGAUGUUCGAUUAUGUAUGCGGGUGAAUGUUUGGCUGUUUGUGUGCUUGGAGCCUAGUCCACUGUCCAAAAUUUUAAAUUUGAGGGCUCCAAGUACGUGUUUCCUUGCAAAUUGCCUGCUCAGUAUGCUUUGAAUUGACAGUCUCUAUAGUAAUGUGCAACCUAGGGAGGUAGUGUAGCACUAUGGAGGAUGUUGAAGUAUAAGAUUUUUUCUAUCUAGCUCUCUGCUGUGCCAGUUGAUUUUGUGAAUUAGUGGAGCUAAGACCGUUGAAUUCAUGUGGUAAUGGUGACUCUGUUUGAAUUGUGUUAUGGACUCGUGUAUCGAACAGGGUGCUCAUGUGGAAAAUGAAAAGCAGUUGGUCCUCCAUGUCGAAAUCAUUAAAUCUUAAACAUGGGGUAAGCCCAACGUGUGUGGCACCGUUCAUUGCACAAAAUCGGGUUUUGGAAGAGAUUUUAGUGAUCCUUAGUGGGGUACUCCUACAAGGUGAAGCUAAGCUAUCUCUAGUACAAGUAAAAUUUUCACCCGUUGAACGGUUUGCCUACUUGAGGAUGUGUUUUUAAGGGCACUGAUAGAGCUUCCGACCCCCUUAAUUUCAUUGACCCUCCGCACGAGUUGAGGAAAAGGAGUUAAAAGAAGUACUCUGGCGAGCGCCAGAUGUACAUAAAUUGCUCUUGCUCGACUAAUAAGGGUCGACCGUGCAAAAGACUGCAGUUGGAACCCCCGCCAAGUGAAUGAAAAAGAAAAAAAAGUAAAAUGAAAGUGAAAGGGGUUCCAACGGUGAAAUGAAGUGAAAGAGCACCCCGGUACAUCGAGUUCUUGGUUGUGAAUGCUGUGAGUCCCUUUAUCCAUGAACUGACUGUCUUACUUCUACUUCUUCUCAUGAUCCUGGCUUGAGUCUAGUACUCGCAUUGAGAGAGAUAGGGAACGUCUUAGAAGACCAGUUGACCUCGUAAGCUGCUAUAUGAUCUAGGAAAUCCUCUACCGACGAUCAGGGUUGUAUGUUGCUAUAGAGGUCUGGAGAGCUGCAUUGGUUUGAGUUAGGUUUGCUUGGGGACAAGCAAACAGUUAAGUGUGGGGGGAUUUGAUGACUCGAUAUUUGCACAUGUUUUCCCCUUUGUUUCUUGAUUGUUUAAGCUUGCAUUAUCGCUUCUUUGGCCUAUUUUAUGCUAGGUUGUGUUCCUUUGUCACAUUUCAGGCCCUAGCACAUAAAGUGAAGCGUAGGCG